UGGAGGAGAGCACCUCGUUCCGAAGCGCCAGAGUUACCAACGGCAAGAUGUUUGGGGCAUUCAGGAUCACAAAUCCCCUCAAUGGGGGGCUUCUAUGGAAGACGCCCUGGCGACUGUCGCGGUUCCAGAAGUACCGGCAACGGCAACGGUUGCGAGCCGUGGACGACGUGGUCUCGACUGUCGAGGCGGCCCUGGCGAAGAAGGGCGAGAGCGUGCAGGCGCUGGAGCGGUGGAGGGCCGAAAUGCCGACCGAGGCAGAAAUGUUGCCGAAGGACAAGUACACAAUCUUCGACCGGAAGGUGAAGAGGUAUAGGAAGGGAAUUCACAAACUACCGAAAUGGACGAGGGUAUCGCAAAGAGUCAACCCUCCUGGAUAUUAAACCUACUAUCUCCGCUCAUCGACAUUGUACUAUAUGGAGCUGGCAUUCGGACGCCCGGCAUUUAGGAGGAGGCAUAGGUCAUGUCUCAGCGUCGUCAAACGUGGAGGACACAAUGGGUGUUGCCAUUGAUUGUAUUCAUAGCCCGCGUGUGCGAUAUAUGAGCAGAGACUUUGGCAUGGGCAAGUCUCGCAUGAAGCUCGUAUCUCUGCUCUGAGCUGCUGUAGUGUUGUAUCUACGGCAUAUGUAUCACCAGAAUGAAUGCCCACAGCCCUAUUGAUAAGCUCAUCCUCUUCUGGGGUAUCCUCAAUCUCUUCCCUCGUGUCGGUAGAGUCUACCAUAGGUUUACCACCCCUAUCUCAAAC